UCCUUUAGCUCUUUUCACUUUUUUCCCAGCCUGACCCAAGAUCCGUGUCUGCUGGAGCACGCGCUCCCACACAGCAGCCUGAUGAGUCUGUCUGAGCCAGAGAUGGCAGGGCUGCUUCCACAGCCCUGUGAGAUGGGCACAGCUAGCACGGAGUGCAGCAGCGAGAAAGAGGAGACUAUGCUCCAGUCCUUGGCUGGGGGAGACCCUUUUGGACAAGUGGAGCCUCCCAAGAAAGCUACAGGGAAGUUGGUGAUGCACAGUGUGGUCAUGUUUGGCCGGGAGUUCUGCUACGCUGUGGAGGCUGCUUUUGUCACCCCGGUACUCCUCAGCGUGGGCCUCCCCAAAAGCUUGUAUAGCCUGGUGUGGCUCAUCAGCCCCAUCCUUGGCUUUGUUUUGCAGCCUGUGGUCGGCUCAGCCAGUGACCACUGCUCUUCUGGUUGGGGAAAGCGGAGACCUUUCAUCUUGGUCCUUGGCAUGAUGAUGCUGGUGGGAAUGGCUUUGUACCUCAACGGAGACACUGUCGUCUUAGCUUUGGUCCCUGACCGAGCCAGCCAAAGGACCUGGGCUAUAGUCAUCACUAUGCUGGGUGUGGUGCUCUUUGAUUUUGCAGCUGACUUCAUUGAUGGUCCCAUUAAGGCUUAUCUGUUUGACGUCUGCUCUCACCAGGAUAAGGAAAGAGGGCUCCAUUAUCACGCCCUUCUGACAGAGUGUCUCCAUUUCGCUUUAGGUCUGGGCGGGGCCCUUGGCUACCUUACAGGGGCCAUUGACUGGGGCCACACUGUCUUGGGAACAUAUUUGGGAACAGAAUUCCAGGUGAUGUUCUUCUACGCCGCUCUGGUGUUCCUGAUCUGUCUUACGGUACACUUGUGCAGCAUUCCUGAAGUAUCUCUCACCACCACCAAAGCAAAAUCCAAAGCCCUCCUGAAUGCAUCUAAGCCCCAACAAUAUGGUUCUCUGGGGAAAGUAAAGAAUGGUUAUUUCAACACCGGAUAUAAUGAAAUUCAGAUUGUAUCACAGGAAAAGAAGCUCUCCAUAAAAAAAGACAUCCAGGUUCAGAAGCAGAUGACCAUUAAGUCUCUCCUAAAAGCACUUCUAACCAUGCCAUCCCACUACCGCUGUUUAUGUGUGAGCCAUUUGAUGGGAUGGACUGCUUUCCUUUCCAAUAUGCUCUUCUUCACUGACUUUAUGGGGCAGAUUGUGUUUAACGGCGACCCUUAUGCACCGCAUAAUUCCACAGCCUAUCUGACUUAUGAAAGAGGAGUAGAAAUUGGAUGCUGGGGGAUGUGCAUCAAUGCAAUUUCUUCCUCACUUUACUCAUAUUUGCAGAAAGCUCUGCUCCCUUUUAUAGGAUUAAAGGGACUGUAUUUCAUUGGAUACUUGCUUUUUGGACUAGGCACUGGGUUCAUUGGACUCUUUCCCAAAGUGCAUUCUACUCUGGCUCUGUGCUCUCUCUUUGGUGUAAUGUCCAGCACAUUAUACACAGUCCCAUUCAACCUUAUUGCUGAUUAUCACAAAGAAGAGGAGAGUCAGGAUGGAGGAAAAACUGAAGAUUAUACAAGGGGAAAGGGAGUAGACUGUGCCGCCCUCACUUGCAUGGUACAGUUGGCCCAGAUCAUUGUCGGAGUGGGCCUGGGCUUCCUGGUCAGUGCAGCUGGCAGCGUGGUAGUGGUGGUGAUAUCUGCCUCUGCUAUUUCAUUAUUUGGCUGCUGUUUUGUAGCAUUCUUUGUUCGCUAUGUGGAAAGGAACAAUAAAUAGUUGAUGUUUUGGAGAA